UAAAAGAUUCAAAUUUUUGAAACUGUGGAACAAGUUUUUAAAGGAACAUCAUAACAGAUCCAUUCCAAAGGAUACUUGGAACCUACUCUUAGACUUCGCCACCACCGUCAACGAGGACCUAGAGAAUUAUGACGAAGAGGGAGCCUGGCCCGUUCUCAUCGACGACUUCGUCGAAUAUGCCAAACCGAUUGUGCGAGGCAAAUAGUCGGCCAGACCGGCCAUUCUGUGAUGUUUAAGUUUGUUAGGAUAUAAAAGACUAUCGCUGCUCAUUGUCCCACUAUUAAAAGUACUAUUUUCUUCAAUUUUCUACUUACUAUGAAAGGGAUUGUUCAACUAUUUGAAAAUUAUUAAUUUUGUGGUGACUAUCUCAGUCUGUUGGGAUCUCUGAGAAGAGAUUUUAGUUAAAUGCUGGAAUGAAUUUCGAACCACAUUACAAUGCCUAGCAUAGUAGUAUAAACAUAGGGCCGGGUGCAUAAUGUAAAAAAAAAUUCAUCCUUUUUAACGUUUCCCAAAAAAAUUCAUCGAUUUCACCUUAAAACCAUUUCUUAUCCCCAAUUCCGCAUAAAAAACCUUUAGAAAAGUGCUCGACCCGUGCAAACAUACUUUACUUCAAAAAUUAUUUUCAAAAAUGGUUGGGGCGUUAGGCAUCAUUUACCAGACAAAACACGUUGGUUUACACCGAACCAAUUUUGCCCCUGAAAAUCAUACUUUUGUGGGUAGAGACUGACUUUUCGCUAUCUUCCUAUUUCUGAAAACAGAUGAACAAUUCCUUUUCACUAGUUACUCUUUUCUCUAAAUCAUUCUCCUAAUUUAUAAUAGUGAAUUUAUAACCGCUAAAAAUUAGUUUAAAGAGGACACCGCAAUAGAAUUCACACUUGUCUUUGGAUUAUCCUAAAUUAACACCCCCUUUGUUGCUUUUGAAAACCACUUCCGGUGCCGUUUCUUACCCAAAAUAGUAAAAUAUCCAAAGAAGAGAUUUUUCCUGAACUCUGCGUUACUAAACAUUUUAAGUAUGUAAAUUGUUAAUUCCCCAGUUAUGAAUAAACGGGAAAUCCCGGUCUAAUAUUCCGCGGGAAAAUCCAAGACUCCCCCGUGUUCUCCCUUUUUGCGAAUUUCCUUGACAAUAUUUUCAGAUAAAAUGGCGGGAAUUGGACGAUCAUGUGUUUUCCGAGCUCUUUCAGUUGAUUUCAGAAUUUUUGCAACACCAAGAAGUUACGAGAGAGCUAUUCACACUUUUAUUCCUCAAAAGGACGGAAUAAUGAUAAAAAUAUCUCCUCAUAGCAUUCAAACUACCUCAAUUACAGCACAGAGAAGGUUUCUGUUCUCCAGUAAAUCGGAAUCUCCGGAACAAGAGAAAAAGGAAGAAACAGAGGAGGUCCCUGAGGGUGAGUUGAGGCUGUUGGAAAAGAUUGCUGAGUUGGAGGACAAAAAUGCCGACCUCCUGGAUAAAUACAGGCGCAGCCUCGCAGACUUUGAGAACCUCAGAAAUAGAAUGAAUAAACAAGUCGCUGAUGCGAAACUGUUUGGAAUUCAGUCUUUUUGCAAGGACCUCCUGGACGUUGCAGAUGUUUUAGCUUUAGCAGUUGAUUCAGUUCCUCAGGAAGCAUUAAAGGAGCAGCAGCAGUUGAAGGAACUUCAUGUUGGUCUCCAGCUCACUCAAUCAGAGCUGAUGAAGGUAUUUGAACGACAUGGAUUGGUUCGUGAUAAUCCUCUAGGAGAGAAGUUUGAUCCUAACAAGCAUAAUGCAUUAUUCCAGGUUGUAGACACUGAAAAGGAGGUGAAUACAAUCGUAAAUGUACAGAAGAUUGGAUAUAUUCUGCAGGGAAGGCCAAUCAGACCGGCUGGAGUUGGCGUGUCGAGAAAGUAGUUAUCACGUGACCUGUGCUUCAACGGGAUUGGCCAUUUUGUUUUUGAACAGAUUUCGCAGAUUUAUUUGGAACCUUGGAGAUAGAGUAGUUAUCCUCUACAACUAAUUUAUCUGCGAAAUAUCAGAAAAAUUUAUUUUUUAUGAAGAUUGGUAAACUGAACUUAAUCUUUGUGUUUAUAAUUUGUAAACAUUAAUAAUUUUUGCAAAUAAACAUAUUAAUGUGA